GAAAGGGGGCGGCGCGCGCACACCGGGUCACGUGAGGCGGCAGCGGCGGAGCAGCGGAAUAUGGAGCUGAAGCUGUGGCUGUUGGUGUUAUUGCUGGCGAUCGGGUCAGUUACUCUCCGUGCUGAAGAUGAUGAGGAUGACAUUGUUGAAGAUGAUGAUGAGACUGCAGUAGAAAGCGAACGAGAACCGGAGCCCAGCCCCCCUCCAGCUCCCAAGGUUACCUACAAAGCCCCUGUUCCAAGUGGAGAGGUGCAUUUUGCAGAAUCAUUUGAUAAGGGCACCCUGGAAGGUUGGGUUGUGUCGAGAGCGAAGAAGGAGGAUACAGAUGAAGAUAUUUCCAAAUACGAUGGGAAGUGGGAGGUGGAAGAAAUGCGUGAGACUAACCUUGCUGGGGAUAAAGGGCUGGUUCUCAAAUCUCGUGCUAAGCAUCAUGCUAUCGCUGGCAUACUGAAACGACCCUUCGUUUUUGACACCAAGCCACUAAUUUUACAGUAUGAAGUGAAUUUUCAGAAUGGAAUUGAAUGUGGUGGUGCCUACAUAAAGCUACUCUCAAAAACCAAAGAUUUAGUGCUGGAAAAAUUCUAUGACAAAACCCCAUAUACCAUCAUGUUUGGACCAGACAAAUGUGGUGAAGAUUACAAACUGCACUUCAUCUUCAGACACAAGAACCCCAAAACUGGCGAGUACGAGGAGAAACACGCAAAACGCCCAGACGUAGAUCUUAAAACCUAUUACUCGGAUAAGAAGACUCACCUCUAUACACUAGUGCUCAAUCCUGACAACUCGUUUCAGAUACUGAUAGAUCAAACAGUUGUUAACAGUGGAAACCUUCUGGAAGAUAUGACUCCUCCUAUUAACCCGGCACAAGAGAUUGAGGAUCCCGAUGAUCAGAAACCAGAAGACUGGGAUGAAAGGCCUAAAAUUGCUGACCCUGAUGCAGCGAAACCUGAUGACUGGGAUGAAGAUGCUCCUGCUAAGAUUCCAGAUGAAAAUGCCAUGAAGCCUGAAGGCUGGCUGGAUGAUGAGCCCGAGUAUAUUGCUGACCCCGAUGCAGAAAAACCAGAGGACUGGGAUGAGGAUAUGGAUGGUGAGUGGGAGGCUCCUCAGGUUUCGAAUACGAAGUGUGAAUCUGCUCCCGGAUGUGGGCAGUGGAAAGUGCCGAUGAUCGAUAAUCCAGAUUACAAGGGUAAAUGGAAGGCCCCAAUGAUCGACAAUACCAACUACCAGGGUGUCUGGAAACCAAGGAAGAUCCAGAAUCCAGACUAUUUUGAGGAUUUGCAUCCGUUCAAGAUGACACCCUUCAUUGCUGUUGGCUUGGAGCUGUGGUCCAUGUCAUCUGAUAUCUUCUUCGACAACUUCAUCAUCACCACUGACAAGGCAGUGGCUGACCAAUGGGGCAAUGAUGGUUGGGGUCUGAAGAAAACAGCUGAGGGCGCUGCUGAGCCUGGAGUAGUGGGACAGCUGAUGUCUGCAGCAGAGGAGCGUCCAUGGCUAUGGGUUAUAUACAUCCUGAUUGUAGCCCUCCCUGUGUUCCUGGUUAUUGUAUUCUGCUGUACUGGAAAGAAAGACGCUGCUGCUGAGUAUAAGAAGACAGAUGCACCACAGCCUGAUGUGAAAGAAGAGGAGGAAAAGGAAGAAGAGAAGAAAACAAAACUAGAGAAAACAGAAGAAGAAAAGCAGAGUGAUGUGGAAGACAACCCUGUAAAAGCAAAACAGGAGGGUGAUGAGGAGGAGGAGGGCAAGGAAGAAGAGGAUGCCGAGGAGGAGGAGGAGGAUGAGGACGAGGAGGAAGAGGAGGAUGAGAAGGGUCAAGGUGACGAGCGCAGUGAAGAGAAUAAAGAUGAUUCAUCACCAUCGCCAAGGAAUAGAAAACAAGGAAAGACUGCAGAAGCACCUCAGUAACAUCACCCAGUAAUGCUGAACUUUUAGGGAGACCACCAUGAAUGGAAAUAUAGGGAGCUGAAAUUCUACAGAAUUACAUGAAACUAGAUUGUGCACAAGAAAAAGAAACUCGCCACAUUGGCCAAACACUAUGUAGACCAGGUCAUUGUAAGUUUUGAGCAAGGACUGUAAUCUGAAUCGAAAUAUACUUUAAAAUGAGUUUCCUGCUUUUUGGUGAAAGUGCUAUACUGUUACAACCUUCAAAUCAAUUCCAGAUAUCUGCCAAAAUAUUUUCAGGCUUGCUAAAUAAAAUUUUAAAACAUUAACUGCCUAAUUAAGGCGAUGGAUGUAGUGCGGAACAGGCAUUUGUAUACUGUGUACAGACAAAAUCCCCAAAUGGCUCAACUGAAAAAUACAACAGAUCAAAAUUUCCGUGUGCAUAACAAAAAAAAUAGAAUGCCAUGUCACACAGAAGCAGAAAUUCUCCACUAUGUAAGAAUUUGAUGUAUGGGAGCAAUGAAGAAGCAAGAGUAGUUGGCUAUGCUUGUAUACCAUGCUUCAUUGCUUUGCAUUUACUCCUAAACCUUCCUGAGGAAACUUGCCAAGUGAAAGCUGAGAACAUUUGUUUCAGUUUUUGUGAUGCUGUGUAGUGUUAUUGGAGAUUAAUAAUCAGGUAGGCCAAAAAAGUUUUCCUUUCAAAACAAUUUAAGUAUUUUAAGACCAAUGUCUCUAGGACUGUACUUUCUUCUCUAAACAUUCUGCUUUUCCCCUUUGUGGCAAAAGUUUCACUAAAUUAUGCUUAAAGGAACUUUGCUUCGAUCUACAUUUACAUUUUUAGUAACACUUUGAAUUUUCUAACCAAUCCCACUAAUUUGAAACAUAAAUCACUGAAUUUAGCAGUUACAAUAGCUAAUAAAUAUAUGAUUAUGUAACAGUCACAAUGGUAAUUGGCCUAUCCCACCCUCACACAAAUGGUCUUUGAAUAAUUUUGUAUGUGUAUUGUGGACCUGAUUGGUCUUGUUAACAGAACAGACUAAACCCAACUUUUUUGCCUCUUAAAAAGUUAACGCUCUGAUCUCUGUCCUGCCUAUUGUAUUUUUUUCACUAACCAGGGAAAUCCAAUGCUGGUAUAAGAUUGAUAUCAAUGUUUUUACUUAGAACAAUUACUAUUGCUAUCAAAAUAGAGUGAAAAAUGGAAACCACGUAGAAAGUUAGUGUUUACAUAAUCUAGCAUUUCGAUUCUUUCAUGUUUCUCUAGUUUAAGGUAGUGAUCUCUGAAUGCAUUACACAUAAAUCUAUAAUUUUUCUAAAUAUAAAAAUCUCAUCCCCACCUCAUGGUUGGUUCACUUUUGUUUCCUGUAUUGUUACUUCAUUCAAACUGAAUGCAGGGCUAUUUUUACAUUAAGCACCUGUUUAUUUGCAGAUCUAUCUUUAGUAUUUUGUGUGUGUUUGAUCCUUGAUCGGCGAGUUGGAUAUCUGUGUAGACCUAGCUAGGAGUUUCUAAUUCCUACUGAGCACGCCCAGAAUUUUGGGAUACGUUUUGGACUUGUGUAAGUCUUGUCUAUCUAGUUGCUAUGAAGGAAAUGCUGCAGGUAAUAUCUGCAUUAUUUAACUGUUCAGCUGGUUUCCUGGCAUAGUUUAGAAUUUACACGAUACAAAAAUGCGUGAUUGGGAAUUAGAAAGCAUUUUUGCAGUGGGGUAAACUGUAUGGAAUUCAGAGGCCAUGAAAACCCUUCCAUUCUGCAGUCUCAGUACUAUCUGGAUGUUCUGGGUUGGGGAAUUUGGUUGAAUUUGAACCAUGUCAUUAUGGACCAAGAAAUGCUUGAUGGCACCAAUUACAAAGUGGAACAUUUUCUAGUACAGAUAUUGCUCACUGAUUGUCACACAAUGGUUCGAACAGUGUUUUUCUCAAUAACAUGGUGCACAGUUAAGAACUAUCAUUGCAGUACUGAUCACUAUAUAAGCAACUUAAUAUGAUUCUGCAAGUGAUCAACAAGCCAAUGAUUUGGUGGAAGUAUGCCUUUAGUAAUCGAGCUAUUCCAAGUGCAAGUCUUUACUUUUUCAGUUAUGAGUUGUGAAUCUUUCAAAUAGAAGUCUCCUCGAUGGUUUAUAUCUACAUUUUCUUGCAUUGUAUAGGAAAUUCCUAUCUUAGAUGAUUGCACACAGAGGUUAAACACUGAAGCAAAAUAGAAUGCACUGAAUGCAUAUAGUUUUUAGUAUUUAGCUUGAAUAUUUGCACAAAAUUCUAACCAAAUCCCAAAUGUAGACAUUUGUGUUCAUUCGAUGAAAGGUUUUAGUUUAUUUGGUCAGUGCUCGUUUUUCCCCACCCUCCAAAAAAAAUUGUGAAAUUGUUUAAGAAUCCUACUACAUUACUUAAACCAUUCCUACUGUUUAGGCACGGGGGUUGAGAAAGGCCAUUCCAUCAGUGGAAGUGCCAGAAUAAGUAAUCAAUGCAAAAUAUAGAAUCCCCACAGCAAGGAAAUUUUCUGUAACCAGUCAAUCUUGCACUGGGUUAUUGAAUUUAGAUUUUAACUGCUAUUGAACUAAAGUCAGACUCUUGUUACGUUUUAAAUCCAAAAAUGGUUGCAGAUCUUCACUCCCAGGUUAUAUUUUAAUUAUCAUUGUGUUCAAUUUUUCACUAAAUAAAUGAAGGCUAUUGAAAGUUACCAGUAUUGGUAAAUGUCCUUCUGACCGUAGUUGCAGAAAAAAAUGCUUAACUCCUUGCCCUGAAAAUUUGGUGUACUUAUACCAAUCUGAUUAUUUUUCUCAACAUUUCUGCUACAUGUUCUUAUGCACUGAAUUCAAGUUAUUUUUUUGCUACCAGUGUUCAAUCUGUUUUGCUGUGUAGGUUGUAUGAAAAGAUGCAUGAGAUUCCUAUGAUGCCCACCUUUUCCUUGAUUCUUCCAAGUAUGGAGCUUUAUAGUUUUGAUAAUUAUCUGCCAUAUAAAUGAAUGUAAUGGCAAAUGUACAUUUUUAAAAGUAAGUGAUGCAAUGCUUCUCAUCCCAAACCUAUAAAAGCCUAUAUUCUCUUCUUGAUUGCCAUCAGAGUACUUUCAAAAAUGACUGGGAGAACUAGUUUUGAAAUAUUACCUUGCAUAGAUCAGUGUGCUGGCAGCAUGAUGUAAUAUUAUAGUUCGGCAAAUGCUCGUCCAUGAACGUUCUGCUCUACUUUGAUCUGCAGGUGGCUGAAGUUCAUUGAAUGUGAUGAACAGUGUGGCCAAUUUAUUUUUUUCUCUCUGCUGUUAAGCUUUAUAAGCAGCUAGAUUUUGAAAAUUAGUAAAUUUGUCACAUAUUGGUAAGUAGGUUGGAGCAUUAAUCAGAGAUGGCUACACCCAAUGAUAACAGAAAUGAAAGUUGGGUUACUUGGCCUACUCAAAAUAGUGUUGAUGGCACUAACGUUUUACCAGAAAAUGCAUCUGAAUGAUUUCACAGUUCUUAACUGGAUGCUUGUGUAAAAACUACAGAUGAUUCUUAUCCAACAACUAUUGUAAACUUUUGCCUGUAAUUUUUAAAUACUGUAUUGAUGGUGUUAAAUGCUGUUUCUGUACUAGUGUACCAUAAAAGAAGAUUUCAGUUGUCAUUGUGCUCCUAAACUCUGUGCUGGUAUAUAACUUAUGAUGAAAAUUAAAAUAACAGCUCACUGUGUACUAUGCUGGUUAAUACAGUGUGCUUUUUCCAGUAUCUUGCUACUUCAAAGUAAUUCCAAGCAUCUAAAUAAAUGGAAAAAUCUGAAGAUAGAUAGA